AUGAACCCGCCUCUUUGCUUUCUGCACCUCCCCACCGAAGUUAGGUUACUAGUCUACCGCCAUCUCUUCUCCGAAUUGAGCGUCACCGUCGCCAGUGCGACCCUCUCGCCCGAGCAGGCACCGUGGGCCAUCUUUCGCACAUGCCGCACCUGCUACGAUGAAUCACUCCCGAUCUUCUACGAGCUGGCCACCAUCAGCUUGAAACACGAAGCCUACCUCCAUGUCCUCCGACGGAAGAUCGGGCCAGACAACAUGGCUCGUCUCCAGUCGGUUGCGCUCGGAGGCUUCAGAAACAUGGUGCACAAAACCGUGGUCGAAGAUCUACCUGCCACCCUCAGGAAACUCUUUCUGGGGUGGAAAGGCAACACGGCCUUUUCCAACACGACACCCAAGUCCCACCUCGACGAUGAUCAGAUGCGAGAUUUCCUCGAAUGGUCCUUUCGCCAUUACUUGGACCCGAGUGUAGGGGAUCUGUUGGCAAAGGCUCCGAACCUCCGGAUAUUUUUGGAUACUAUCAUUGGCAACGCUCCACCAAACAUGGACCCCGCAUCAGCAGGGACGUCGCGCUAUGCUGUCGUCAGAGUAGAGAUUGUAAGGGGCCAAGACGGCGAGAAAUGGUCCUGGGGACAUGUUGACAGGAAAAUCGACAGACUAAAGGUUGUGGAGCCUUGA